AAAUGGCACUGUACGUUGUGGUAGUGAUCUGUGAAUGUCGGAAAGUUGGAAACUUACUGGAAAAUGCAAGUUAUUAAAUUAAAACUAGAUUAGUACCAAAAGUUAAGAUAUUACGAUAUGGCGGAAAUCUACUCUUAUUCGAAAUUUGAACAUAUAUAACGAUAUUCUAUGAAAUACCUUGGUCAUUAGAAAUCUAGCUGAUAAUGCACAAAAUGAACACAUAUGAUGUUUGUGAUUAUGCUAUUGCUGAACUCAUUCCAGACCAUAUUUUAGAAAAUAUUUUUUCAUAUUUGUGUUUACGUGAUCUUAAAAACUGUGCACUAGUUUGUAAGACUUGGUUUAGAAUCCUUAACGACGAAAACAAUGAUGUUUGGAGGUUGCAUUGCCUCAAAAGAUUAGCUGAAGAAGUCAUGAAGUCAGACUUGCUUUCUAAUUUAAUCACUUACAAAUCAAAAUUAAGAGCUUUCUAUCAUGCAUGGAACCCAUAUGACUGUUCGAGAAACAUUUAUAUUAAACCCAAUGGAUUUACCUUGCACAGGAACCCUGUCGCCCAAAGUACAGAUGCAUGUAGGGGUAAGAUAGGAUUUUUUCGAGGCAGACAUUCCUGGGAAGUAAUAUGGGAAGGUCCACUGGGUACAGUAGCAGUAGUUGGAAUCUCUACUAAAGACGCCCCUUUGCAAUGUCAAGGAUAUGUAGGGCUUCUUGGUUCAGAUGACCAAAGCUGGGGCUGGAAUUUAGUUGAUAAUCAAUUAUUACACAAUGGAGACACACAUGGCAGAUACCCUCUGUUAAAUAAUUCUCCUAAAUACCAAGUUGGAGAGCGCAUUAGAGUAAUCUUAGACUGUGAAGGACUUACUUUAUCAUUUGAGAGAAAUUAUGAGUUUUUAGGUGUGGCAUUUAGAGGACUACCAAUAAGGAAAAAGCUGUAUCCAACAGUUUCAGCAGUUUAUGGUAAUACCGAAGUGUCAAUGGUCUACACGGGCCCACCUGCAGAUGGCUGAAUAAAACAAAUG